AUGGUGACCCUGCUGCUGCCGCUGCUGUCGCUGCUACUGCUUGAGGCAGCCAGUCCUCAUGUGAGGCCUGCAGCAGCAGCAGCAUCAGGUGCUGCAGCACUGUUUACGGUGAACGAGGCAGCAGCAACAAGAGCAGCAGCAGGAACAGCAGCAGGAGCAGCAGCGGCAGCAGGGCCCAGUUCAGCAGACAUACAAACUACAGCUGCAGCAGAUGCACAACCAACUCGCACUGCAGCAAAUGCCGCUACAGCAACAGCAAAUGAGAACGCGUCCGACCCGGUGAGGGCAGCAGCACCUGCAGCAGCUGCUGCUGCAGCUGCUGCAGCAGCACCGUCUGCAACAAACCGCGAGUCAGCAUCCGGUGAUGCUGCUGCUGGUGCUGCUGAACUGCUAGGCUCACCCAUCCCCACGACCAAAUACAGCCCAGCCGCGGCAGCAGCAACUGCCGCUGCUGCGGCUGCUGCUGCAGGAAACGCUGUGGGGGCAACAGGUGCCGCAGCCAGUGGUAGUUGGGACCCGUAUAUUGAGCAGCAGCAGCAGCCUCAGCCGCUGCUGCUGCCUAUUUUGAGGCGCUUAGAGGAGACGCAGGAGCCAGACAACAGCAGCACCACCAAUAGCAAUGCGAGCAGCAGCAGCAGCAGCAGCAGCAACAGCGGCGGCGGAAGUGGUAGCAACAAAGCCAGCAGCGUGAACAGCACCGUAAGCAGCAGCAGCAGCACUAGCACCGUUGCUAACAGGAGCAGUGCAGAAGAGAAGGGAAGCAGCACCAGCGAAGGGACCAGCAGUGCAGGCAGCAGCAACAGCAACAGCAACAGUGGCAGCAGCAGCAGCAGCAGCAGCGGCACGUGGGUGGGUGAGGCUGCGGACGACCUUAGCAGCAGCGAAAAGGAGGUGGUGAUGUCAGUGGGGUUGCUGCUGCUGCUGGUAAUCGUUGCUGCUUGCCUCUUUAUUUCUCUUGCUGCUCGACGGCUGCAGCAGCUGGUGCUGCAGGUGCCUCUGGUGGCGACUUUGCUUGGCCUGCUGCUGGGUGCGCUGCUGCAGCAGCACCAUCAGCUGCAGCAGCAACGAAGCAGCAGCAGCAGCCUCCGCAGCAUUUUGGCCUUGAAAGAAGAAGUUUUCUUCGUGCUUCUGCUUCCGCCAAUUGUCUUUCAGGGGGGUUUGGAGCUGGCGCAGCAUCCUUUUGGCUUCGUCUUCGCCGAAAAUUUCGGCAGCGUUUUGUGGUUGGCUGUGGGGGCCACCAUCUUUAGUUGUUUGUUUAUAGGCGCCCAUAUGCUAGGGGCAGGUGCUGCUGCUGCUUCUGAUUCUGCUGCUGCUGUCGCUGAUGCUGAUAAUGGCCUGCUGCUUCCAGGUAUUUCUCUUACUCCUCGCCGUGCCUUUGCUGUCGGCGCACUGAUUUCUUCUACGGACCCGGUGGCUGUGCUGAGUGCCUUUAGAGAUUUGCGCGCGAAGCUGUUGAUACACGUGCUGGUAUUUGGGGAGAGUCUCCUGAACGACGCAGUGACGCUUGUCUUGUAUAGGGCAAUUGCCGAUGAGGAGACACAAAGAGGAUUUGCUGCUGCUGUUGCUUCCUUCUUCUUCACCUUCUUAUUCUCCACAGCCCUCGGGCUCCUCACAGGAGCUGUUGCUGCCCUUGUGUACAAACACAUCGACUGGGACGAGGAGAGCGUUGCGCUGGAGGUUGCGCUGUUGCUGCUCUUUCCCUGGCUGUCUUAUCUCAUUGCAGACGGUUGUGGGGGGAGCGGGAUCGUCUCCAUUUGUUUCUGCGGCAUUUGUAUGGGGAAGUAUGCAUUUGCAAAUCUGUCGGAGACAGCUCAAGUAGCAUCGCGAGCUGUCUUUGGGGCGUUCGCUCUUUUAACUGAGUGUCUUGCAUUCGUUUUCUUGGGGCUGGCCCCCUUCUCCUUUGAUUUGCUGCCGCUCGAAGAAGCUGGCCUCUUUCUUGCUGGAGGCCUCGCUGCUGUUGUUGCGGCGCGGGCCCUUAGUGUAUACUUGACUUGCUUCCUCAUGAACUUCUUUAGAGGCCGCAAGCGCCUAUCAAUGAAAGAGCAGCAUGCCAUUGCGCUGUGCGGGCUGCGAGGGACAGUCGCCUUUGCACUGGCGGAGAGGGCUCACCACGACUUUGGGGGUCGAGAGGGGAAGGCGAUCCUGACGUUCACAUUGGUUGUGGCUUUGGUGUCUGUGCUGCUUAUAACGCCGGCGCUGUUGUUUGCGCUGAAACCUCUAGGAAUAUUUUCGGAUGAGCCUGAAAGGGCGAACGAGGAUGGUGCAGCGGGAGAACUCCCGCUGCACAGCAGCAGCAGCAGCAACAACAGCAGCAACCUGAGCGCCAGCGGGACCUCUGCUCAGAGGACGCAGCAGCAGGAGAAUGAGGCGUCUAGUGGAGCUUGGUGCAGAAACAACUGCUGCGCGCUGCUGCGCCGGGCUCUGCGUUUGCUUGACGCUAAGUAUCUGAAGCCCUUCUUCGCUAGCCCGCGCCGGCCUCGCAGGCAGACAAGAGACCAGAUUGAGGUAGUAGAGCUGCAGCGAUUCGCAUCAGAAGGCAAACAGCAGCAAGAGCAGCAGCAGCAACAGGAGCAGCAGCUGCGGCGACGUGGCGAUGAGGUGUAUGUCAACCUACCACAAAAUACAGAAUGCGCAGACGCUGAUUUGGUUCCUGCAGCAGACCUCGUAGUAAGCGGCGCUCUGCUGCAGCAGCCGCCAGGCCUUCUGGGCCACCGAGAUCAAAUGCAGUGA